CCUUCUCUCAUGGCAUGUGUAAGAGUAACCUCCUCUCUUCAUUCUACUUUUAACUCCCUUCUAUAUUUAGCAACUAUUUCAAUCUCUUUCAUUCUCUUUCACACGAAACCGAACCAAACACAACCUACAUUCAUUGAGGGUGUUUAGUGAAAGCACCAGCAAGGCCAAAAGUUUUUCAGAUUUUGAAGUUUAUGUGAGAACAUUUGUGAUCAAAUUUUAUGUGUGCAAGAUUUAGUUGACCAUAAAAUCAAGGAUCAAAAACAAUUGAGGGGAGGUUAUGGUUAUUUCAUUUUGAUUGUUGUUUGAAAUGGGGUGUUGGAAAUAAGAUUAAUUACAUUUAUAUUUGGUGGAAUCUACGUGAUUAAGUUUAAAGGUGUUGAUGUAAUGCUGGUUUAAGGGCUUGCGCUUUACAAUUUGGAGGAGGAGGUGACUUUAAUUUGUGAAAUGAGCAUUACAAGACGAGUUAAGUAUUUCUAAAUGGAAACUAAAGAAAAUUAUGAUGCACAAGAAGAUACGCCCUCUUCGCCGAUUCGGGUAUUACAGCAGAUAUCUGAGGAGGCAGUUAGGGUGGCAGGGGAAGCACUGCAAGGUGCUUACUCCCGUAGCAGCUCAAGUGCCCAUUUAUUGGAGCCACGACACAGGCGCAGUCAGAGUGAGAUUUUGAUGGGGGCACAUGGGCGUAGUAAUAGUUUUCAGAGACUGAAAAGUCACAUGCAGAGGGCUUGGCGAUGGGGUGGCUUGUCGCGGGAAGAUGAUUACCAGUAUAGUUUCAAUCCGGAGGUCUUGGCAAACCAAAAACGCCAGUGGUAUCAGCUUCACUCAAAGUCAAAAACCAUGGAUCAAACAAAAUAUAAGGAACCCACCUCAAUAUUUGAACAUUUUAUUGUUGCGGGGCUUCACCCAGAUUCUAAUCUUGAGUGUGUGGAGGAUGCAUUUAUGAGAAGGAAAAAGUGGGCGUUCGAGAUGGAAAAAUCUGAAAUGUUCGACUUCGGAAUGAUACAACCACGGGCACCUUCACUUCCAUCAUUGGAAUCUCAGAUUCUUUUUAAAUAUCCUCCUGGGAAGAAGUUACCUAUGCGCUUAAAGGAUUUAGCCGCCUUCUGUUUUCCUGGGGGUGUUAAGGCACGGCUAGUGGAGAGGACUCCGUCACUAAGUGAUCUAAAUGAACUUGUAUAUGGACAGGAGCAUCUAAGCAGAGAUGAUUCAUCAUUUAUUUUUUCACUUAAGGUUGCCAACAAUGCUACACUUUAUGGUGUUUGUUUACAAGUAUCAGAAAUUGUUCAGAGGCCACCUGGUAUCUUAGGAACCUCACCACUGCUUUCUCAGUCUUCUGGAAGAUGUAGCCGUUUUUUGAUUUCUGCACCUCGCUGCUAUUGUGUGCUAACAAGGGUUCCUUUCUUUGAGCUACACUAUGAGAUGUUGAACAGUAUAAUUGCACAGGAGCGCCUGAAUCGGAUAACACAGUUUAUUAAUGAAAUGACUCUCACUGAGUGCACCCCUUCACCGUCCAAACUACAUGAUCCAAUAAAUGGCAGUGUUGACUCGCCGAAUGGGGAGUAUAUUAAUGAGUGGAUGGCCUCUGCAAUACCUGUUGACAAUGCAGUUGCCCUUACUGCUGCUGCUGCUGGAAUUAUAUCAGAUGAUGAGAUCCCAUCUUCACAAAAGAUAUGGGAACCUCAUUCUCCUGAAAGUGUCACUGCUAGUGACGCUUCAGAUAUUAGUCAAUUAAGAGAAAUAGAUAAGGAUGACAAGAAGAAUUUGCAAUAUUUUGAUGAUUGUGCAUCCGAGGCCUCAGAAAAUCGAUCUGAUUAUUUGGAAAGAAUAUACGGAAGCUUAGAGAACGGCCGAGCUUCUCCAGAGAUUGGGGCACUUGCUAGUUCCAGGACCAGCACAUUAGAGCGUCUUGCAAGUUCUGAAUACCUAUUCAGUCCAGCUAGAAGCAUGGCAUCAGAGGAUGAAGAUGAUGAUCUUUUCCCAAAUCAUGAAAAAGAAUUUGUGGAUGAUUUGAUGAUGGAAUGGGCUAGGGAUCAUAAGAAUGAUUUGCUACAAAUAGUUUGUGGUUAUCAUGCUCUCCCAAUUCCACCUAGAGGAAGUGGAAUAGUUUUCCAGCCGCUCAAGCAUUUGCAGUCUAUUGAAUACAGCCGACAUCCAGUUUCUGCCCUUGGCAUUUCGGAAAAAGAUUUAGAUACAGUUGAAGCUGCUGAGGUCAAUGGAAAGUUGACUGUUGCAGAAGAAGCUGUUGCACUCUCAUUAUGGACAACCGCAACCAUUUGUCGAGUUCUCUCAAUUGAAAGUGUUUUGGCACUGGUUGCAGGAGUAUUACUGGAGAAACAAGUGGUAGUAGUGUGUCCUAAUCUGGGUAUUUUAUCAGCUGUAGUGUUAUCUCUUGGUCCAAUGAUUCGUCCGUUUCAAUGGCAGAGUUUGCUUCUUCCAGUUUUACCAGGGAAGAUGCUUGAGUUUCUUGAUGCACCUGUUCCCUUCAUUAUUGGGAUACAAAAAAAACCUGCUGAUUUGAAGAUUAAAACAUCAAACCUUGUGCUUGUUAAUGUUCUCAGGGACCAGGUGAAGAUGUGUCACUUACCGUCACUUCCUCGACAAAGAGAGCUUGUCUCUGAACUCAGACCAAUCCAUGCUAGAUUGUCCUUUGAAAGUUCAAUUGCGAGAAGGCAUCCCGUAUAUAAAUGCAGCGAAGUGCAGGCUGAAGCUGCAACCCAAUUUUUGAAUGUCAUGGGGCGCUAUAUGGAGUCUCUUUGUUCCGAUUUUAGAUCUCAUACAAUAACUAGUGUACAAUCAAACAAUGACAGGGUUUCUUUACUUCUUAAAGAUAGUUUUAUCGAUUCCUUUCCUGGUAGGGACCGGCCAUUUAUCAAGCUAUUCCUAGAGACGCAACUGUUUAGUGUUCUAUCUGACUCGCGUUUAUCAAGAUUUGAAAAUGGCUACUGCUAACGGUAUCUCUUUAACAAGUUCAUGUGUUGGGUAAGGAUAUCAGAUAAUUAACUAACAGCAAAUUUGAAGCCAUCAAUUGUGAAUUGAUUUGCAGCCUGAAGAUUUUGUGUUAGUGAUUUUUGUAACAUAAUGUUAUUGUAGUAAUAAUCGAAAAUGCCUCCCACCAAUUCACCAAUACCAAUUAUGUCUGUUGUACAACCUACCACAAAUCAUCCCUUUUUUUUCAGGAUAUGAUGAUGGGGUUACUCAAAUCUGUCUCACAUCAAAUUCUUGUAAAUGUGAAAGUUAUAUUUUAUUUGUAGAUUGACUUCCUUUUUAAUCUAAU